CUGGGAGGGGAUGAGUGAGCUCUCUGGGCCAGAAGCUGGCAAGCCCCACCUUAAGCCAAGGAGGAGCUCCCUGGUGGUCUCUGUUUGCACUGGGGCAGCACCUACUCCUCACAACUCGUUGGAAGGAAGCAACAUGAGGAGGUCUUGUUCCCGGGAUUCUUUCCUGGGUAUUCGUUCUUUUCUGUGUUUCCUGGCACAGGUUCCUCUCCCUCCUGCCGCUGCUGCCUUCUGUGCAUGGAGAAAGAUGGAGAAAACCAAUGGUCUGAAGGCUUCCCCUGCCAAUCAUCAGCCACAGGAGCCCAUGAAAACUGCUGCCAAUGGGGAUCCAGAGAGAAAGGAGCUCAGCAACCACAGCAGAGUGCCGUCAGUCAAUGAUGACACGUCCUCAGAACUGCAGCGUGUUGCCGCCUUGGAUAAUCUGGAUGAGAAAUCCCACAAGACAGGAGGCCUCUCCAGGAUAGCCCGCCUGGUGAUGGUUAUCCGGGGUUGGGCCAAUAAAGGCUUGAAAGAAGAAGAGCGGCGGCCAGACUCCUUCCUGGAACGGUUUCGAGGACCAGAUGUCAAGACUUUGGCAGUAGCUGCAGCAAGGGGCGAUGGGUUUGAUACCCAUGACAGAAAGACAAAGAAGAAAUGGAAAGUCUUCGUGAUGAAUCCCGCAGGGGACUGGUAUUAUCGGUGGCUUAUGGUCAUUGCAGUCCCAGUCCUGUAUAACUGGUGCACGUUGGUAGCACGGGCCUGUUUCAACGACCUCCAAAGGAAGUACUGGAUCUUGUGGCUAGUUCUAGACUACAUCGCAGAUAGCAUCUACAUCGCAGACAUUGUCAUCCGCUUUCACACAGGUUUCCUGGAGCAGGGAUUACUCGUCAAGGACCUCAAGAAGCUGCGUGAUAAGUACAUUGCCACCAUGCAGUUCAAGCUGGAUGUCCUCUCUGUUUUGCCCACUGACUUUGCCUACUUUGCUGUCGGCUUAAACCGCCCCGAGUUGCGCUUCAACCGGCUGCUGCAUUUCUCCCGCAUGUUUGAGUUCUUUGACCGGACGGAGACACGGACCAGCUACCCAAACAUCUUCCGAAUCUGCAACCUGGUGAUGUACAUCUUGGUCAUCAUCCACUGGAAUGCCUGCAUUUACUAUGCUAUCUCUAAGGCCAUUGGCUUUGGAGAGGACACCUGGGUGUAUCCCAACAUCUCAGACCCAGAGUUUGGUUAUUUGACAAGGGAGUACAUCUACUGCCUCUACUGGUCCACACUGACCUUGACUACCAUCGGGGAGACCCCUCCGCCUGUGCGUGAUGAAGAGUAUCUCUUCGUCAUCUUUGACUUCCUGAUUGGUGUCCUCAUCUUUGCUACCAUUGUGGGAAAUGUGGGCUCCAUGAUCUCCAACAUGAACGCCACCAGGGCAGAGUUUCAGGCCAAGAUUGAUGCAGUCAAGCAUUACAUGCAGUUCCGCAAAGUGAGCAAGGACAUGGAGGCCAAGGUGAUCAAGUGGUUUGACUACCUCUGGACCAAUAAGAAAACUGUGGAGGAGUGGGAGGUCCUGAAGAACCUGCCUGACAAGCUGCGGGCAGAGAUAGCCAUCAACGUCCACCUGGAGACGCUGAAGAAAGUGAGGAUCUUCCAGGACUGUGAGGCUGGGCUUCUGGUGGAGCUGGUGCUCAAACUCCGCCCCCAGGUAUUCAGCCCUGGAGACUAUAUUUGCCGGAAGGGGGACAUUGGCAAGGAGAUGUAUAUCAUCAAGGAAGGGAAGCUGGCUGUUGUGGCAGAUGAUGGCGUGACCCAGUAUGCUAUGCUUACAGCAGGCUGCUGCUUUGGGGAGAUCAGCAUCCUCAACAUCAAAGGAAGCAAAAUGGGGAACCGGAGGACGGCAAAUAUCCGGAGCAUUGGCUAUUCUGACCUCUUCUGCCUGUCUAAGGAGGACCUCAUGGAGGCAGUGACAGAGUAUCCAGAUGCCAAGAAAGUCCUGGAGGAGCGUGGGCGAGAGAUCCUCACCAAAGAAGGUCUGUUAGAUGAAGCAACUGCAGCAGAGGGCAUGGAAGGUAUGGAUGUGGGGCAAAAGCUGAGCAGGCUGGAGGCCAGCUUGGACAUGCUGAAUGCCCGGUUCUCCCGCCUCCUGGCUGAGUAUGAUGCUGCCCAGAUGAAGCUCAAGCAGCGUGUCACCUCCCUGGAGACCAAAGUGAAGCAAGACCAGCAGGAUGACUUCUUCUCUGAUGGUUCCAUUAGCCCAUCCACAGCAGAGGGGAAAGCCAAACCUUAACCUACUGUGCUGCCAUCUGGAUUUGAGGCAGCAGCAUUUCCUUGCAUCUGAUGCCCAUCCAGACUGCCUUGCAGUAACCCUGUCUCCACCAAACUGCUGCUCCCUAGCUGACUCUUUCUCUCCCCUUAGUCCAUUCCCAGCUGUAUGUUCCUGGUGACUCUCACCAGGGUCCCUUUAAGUCUCUCUUGAACUGCUUUGAGAAGGUCAGACACACUCCAUUUCUUUCCUCAAGUUGCAUGUUCCUCCUCUCACCCUCGCCCCCAAAUGGGCCAAAUAGCACUGCCUCUGGCAGGUGCUUAUUUGGAACAUUCCCAUCAAGUAACCCACUACAGUGGACCACAUUACCUGCUUACAAUCUUAUUUUGACAACCACUUUUGUGGAAAUCUCUAAGCCGGUUGAGGUCCUUCCUGUUCGUGGAGCACAUUCAGAGAAAACCUCUCCCUGUGAGCUGCCUAUGCUCCCUAAGUCUGCAUAGAGGACAAGGAAGGGGAUGUGUGCACUUGGGUGUGUGGGGUGUUGGUGUUUGCUAGGGCCUGAACCCACCUGCUUCAGUGAGGAUUAUAAGAUUUUGGAAAUGUGUUAGUUGAAGAUUGCUUGUAUGCCUGCAAUCCUGCCAUCCCACACAAGCUCUUUAGCCCUGGUUCUGCUGCCUGGCUGCUCAAGCGGGCAGUGCUGUCUCAUUCAGUCUCAUUCCCUUUCUGCUCUUUGAGGCUUUUAAGGUCCCUCCUGACUGAGUUUCCCCCUCAGUUCUUGAAGACUUACAGCUCCUUCUGCAUCGACUUUAGAGCUCCAAUUGAUGCCUCUCUUUAGCAAGCAUUGCCUUGGGGGCUCGACACACCCCAGGCAGGUAGGGGGACCCUGUACUUGUCCAGGGAAAGUGAUUGAGCCCAACACAAAUUCUGACCCUGGAACCUAUCCCAGAAAUGCUGGAGAGGAAAAUCUCCUCACAUUUCACAUGAAGGAUUAAGCUGAAGUGGCUGUCCCAUGUGUGCUGGGUAGAAAUGGCCAGAUGAACAUCAGGACAGGCUUGGUUGAGACCCUGCCCCUCUUUCUUGUUUAACUCACCAGCAUCCCUUGGCUAAUGCACAAUAGCUCUGCCAUUCUCAGGGAAACACCCCACCCACUGCAGCCCUCUCCCUUGUCCAUUCCUCUCUUCUUGCCUCAGUUCAUGACUGAGCCAGUUUACACAGAACAAGGAACUUUGGACCCAAAGGGUGUUUACUUGCCUGAAACUCAGAUUUUAGUUUUGGAGCCCUCUUGUCAAUUUCCAUUUUUAUGCACCAAAUGAAAAUGGGCCACUUUCCUCAGGGUUAGUUGUGGAGGAGGAGUAUGCUUAGCCAAAGUGUUUCUAUCAAGUUUUCACUGGGUCUGCUCAGAUCCUGCCUGGAACCAUGAAUCCCUUCAGAUCCAUUUCUGGAAUGAAAAAGAAGCUUACAAGAAUUUGGGGUGGAGCUGCUGGGUAUGGGAGCAGGACCCAUCACCCCAAAAGCCCACAACGCUUCCAGUGUGUGUCUGGCAGGCACAUGACUUGAUGUGGACUCUACACACCUGAGCCAAGGAAGCCACAACUGACAGGCGUCCUGUGGGGCACGUUACACAUCUUCAAAAUAAAGAGCUCAGAUGUGAGCAGCCAGUGGGUUUAGCAGAUGGGUUGCAUAGGUGCCUCCCUUCUCCCUCCCCCCAGUUUCCUGGCUGCUCUGGUUGGACUACGCAGACUGUGACUCUUUUACCCUGGGGCUUUGGGUCUGCUCAAGCUAAUGUUCCAUGAGCUUAUUUACUUAACAAACAAAUUGCCCUGCAGCUCUCCUUGCAGUGUGUGUGUCUAGCAAUGUUACAUAGCGGCGGCGGCAGCAGCAACAGCUGCAGCAACAGCAAUACAUUCCUUUCCAGAUCCCACAGACCUCUGGCUUCCCAGCUGCAAAUGGUGAGCCACAAGGGGGUGCUGUGUACAGUGGAAUGAAUUGCAGUCCCGCCUGGCUCAGCCUGAUUGGAAUGGAGACACACUGAAUGUGGGAGCGUCUCUCAAGCGGAAAGCCAGAGCAGAGGGGCCCAGCUUUUCCCCUGGAGCCAGAAGCAAAUCUUCUCUCUGGAAAGCAAACCUUGUCAUGCCGGAAGGCCUGGUGAGCUGGUCUGCUCAUCCAAUCCAUGUGCUGUUGCAUUCAUUUUCCUUCAGGAGGGAGUCUGCAUGCAAAUGACUUGUGGGCCAGCAUGAAUUUCACAGACCCUCAGGUUUCUGAAGUGCCUACUGCAUUGCCCUCCAACUGUUCCUGAACCUAUCCCAGGGAAGGAGGGCUCAUUUCAAGAUGUCACACCCAUUUAUACUUUUUAUAAA